AUGGUGCGUUCCGUCUCUCUGCCUGAAAGUGAUCAACUGAGUGGAAGAGGGGAGCGCCUUAUUGCCAUGAAGAAGAAUGCAAUGGACAAAGAGCAGCACCUGACACUUCAGAGCAUCACUGACGCUCCAAACCCAAGUGGCCUCAUGAUGGACAGGAAAACAGUUACGAACACAUACACUUCUGCCCUGCUGCCUCGUCCUGAGGGUCAACUACUACAAUUCAACCCUCCUGAAAAGAAUAACCUGUAUCCCAGCCUGAUGGAGUUCAUGCAAAGAUGGGGUCAUGGAGGAGAUCAGUACACAUCUGCCCUGCAACUUCAUUCUCAGGGUCAGCUACUGCCAGCCUCCUCUCCUGAAACGGAACGCUUGUAUCCCACCCUGGUGCUGCAGACACAAACAACCAGCACACAGAAAGUCAACUAUGACAUGAGACGACGGCACACAGUGGGAUCUUUUAGAAAGGAGGUUAAGAGUGUCCAUAGAGCUCUUCUUCAGUAUGAUAUCCUAAUGGAAACACAUAGAGAUACUCUUCAAGGUCUCAUAACUGAGCUGCUGGAGGUGGCUGAUAACCUGGACCAGGUGUUUAAAAGUGUGAAGAUAGCAGGCAUUACUGGGGGUACAGCAGGUGCAGCCGGAGUGGCGGCCGCAGUGGGAGGGGUACUACUUUCUCCAAUGACUAUGGGUGCUUCAUUAGCAGUGGCUGCAGUUGGGGUUGGUGUAGCAGCUGCUGGAGGGGUCACGGGAGCUUCAGCCGCCAUCACCAAUAGGGUCUACAAUAACAUGGACAGAAAGACGGUAGAGAAAAUCCUUAAUGACUACACAAACCAGAUGAAGCCUAUUGAGAGCUGUGUGCAGGUUAUCAACACAGGUAUGGAGCACCUGAGGAGUCAUGACCUUUCCGGGUUUCAUGGGAUGGACAGUGAGGUGGUGAAGGUGGCGAAAGUGGUCCAGGUGGCUGGAGGCAGUGCUGGAGCGAUCAGUGCCAUUGGCAGGUCCUCAGGUCUCAUCCAAGGCUUUGCGCUGGGCAUGGACAUGUAUUUCACCAAAAACAACACCCAGAAGCUGAAGAAAGGUUCAGAAACUAAAUUUGCCAAGCAAAUCCGUGAGGUGGCCCAGCAGAUGCAAAACAGCCUUGACGAGCUAAUGAGGGUUAAGGCAGUGCUGGCAUCAACCGACAUAUAG